UUCAUAAAACUUCAUUUAUAGGAUUACUUAAUUAACAAACAGUUCAGCCUUCACACUGACGGCCAAAUAAAUAGGACACCAACAGUCAUACAGUUCUCAAAAUUCCUAUCACAACUUACAUAAUAUUUUUCAUCUUUUAUUUCAGACAGAGAAAACAAAUGGAACUAUGUAAAUAUUUAUUUAUUUUUUCUACAUACCUUUUCUAUUUCGUUGUUGGUUAUAGGAGGAAUGUUGAUCAUAAAAUGAUUAUUGGUGAGAAAACUGGACAUAAUGAACCUAAUGCACUUGAUGCUGAUGAAAAAAAGGGAGACAAUCAAAAUUUUAAUUAUGAAGCUUUACACAAGUUUGGACUUGGAAGAAAAAUUAUAGAGGACUACCGAAAUCUGAACCCCAGUCUUCGGUUCGGUUACGAACAUCCGGAUCCACUACCGCGUCAGGAGGGCCCCAAGGAACCUUACAAAGGAGGUCCCUUCCAUACAAUUCGUCAGGGCAGGCGAAAAAAAGGAGACAUCAAGGUCUAUAGCAAGACGUUCGAUUACGCCGCCAAUUUAGAACGUGGCCAACAUAUCUUCUAUGAAUCACUUACGCAUUGCCCUAUAACCUUUUUAAAAGCGGAAACCGAUGAAGGUAUUCCAAUACUUCUCAGAGGAGGAGUAGGGUAUCCUCAUUUGUCUGUUAUAGUCAAGGCUCAUUUAGGUAAAACGCUAAAAGGGCGUCUGGUGGCUUAUUGUCAGCAACCACCGGUUGAGAUGGGCUAUCAUUUUUAAAUACUUUGAAGGAACAUAAACUGGAAUAGAGAAAGUAAGGAAUUUGGGGGUAGUCCACUGCCAAGCGUUGGGCCAACAGUUCGUCAGUGUUGGUUUAUGCUCGCGAAAGCUUUUAAACACUAUGUUUCUAACAUGGAUAAUGUUUAGUAUUCUAAUCUAGACGUAUCUAUAUAUUAUGUAGAUAGUUCUUGUACUAGACAGACACAUAAAAAAUAAUGAGAGAACCAGAACCCAUUUCAUUGCCUGUAGUAAACUGAGUAAUCCCUAUUAGGG